AUGAAAUACAACGAACUUGGUGCCACUGGGAUAAAAGUGUCACACGUAAGCUGUGGAGGAGCGGCAUUCAGCAAUAUUUAUGGAGUUUUCGAUGAACAAAAAUCCGUAGAUCUUAUUCAAGAAACUUUGAAGCGGGGAAUAAAUUAUAUAGAGACCGGUCCCUGGUAUGGACAAGGAAGUUCAGAACGAACUAUUGGAAAGGCCCUUAAAGGAAUACCAAGAGAUUCCUAUUACAUUGGCAGUAAAGUUGGAAGAUAUGAGAAAGAAACCGCAAAGAUGUUCGACUUUUCAGCCGAAAAAACCGAAGUAGGCUUGAAUAACACGCUCGAUCUUCUCGGCUUAGAUUACGUUGAUUUGAUUCAGGUCCAUGACGUAACAUUUGCUCCAGAUAUGUCGGUCGUCUUGAAAGAAACUUUACCCACUCUUGAGCGUGCUGUGAGGGACGGUAAAGCACGUUACAUUGGCAUUGCUGACUAUGACAUAGACGUUAUGCAAGAACUUGUCGAAGAAUCAGAGGUCAAAAUAUCGUCAAUAUUAUCUUACGCAAAAUCAACACUCUUCGAUAAUCGAUUACAGAACUACACAAAAUAUUUCAAGGAUAAAGGAAUUGGUAUUAUUAACGCUGCAGCCACCGGCAUGGGGCUUCUAACAAAUAAAGGUCCCGAACCAUGGCAUCCCGCUAGCGAUGACAUUAGAGCAGUCUGUAAAUGCGCAUCGGAAUAUUGUAAGAAGUACAAUGUAGAGCUGGCACGAAUAGCGACAUGGUUUACUCUUAACCAACCAGGUAUAGAUACAAACAUCUGUGGAUUUUGGAACAUUGAACAAAUGAGUGACACCGUCGAUGUCAUGGAAAAGGGUCUGACAGACUUAGAAGAGAGAAUAUUGAAUGAAGUACAGACCAGAUUCUUUGACAAGAUCACACUCCACUGGGAUCACGUCGAAUUACCAGUCUAUAAAGAAAAAUUGAAUCAAAUAUAUAAGAAUUAA